AUGAAACAUGUAUUAUCAAAUUAUUAAAUAUAGUAUGUUAAUAUAAUUUUUUAGAAGUACUAUAGAAAUAUAGCUUAAAUUGAUUUUGGAUUAUGUGUAAGAAAGAGAUAAGGAAAUUUGAGUCUCAAAAUAAAUAUAAAUAUGGGACUAAUACCCAUUUUUUAUUUAUUAUGUUAUCCAAGAGAUAGAUGA